GAUGCAACGAUAACAUUAUGGAAAAGUGACUUUAUUGUAUAAAUAUGGCAACUCUUCGCUUGCUAAAAAACAACAACAUUUGUGCCAGUUUCCAGGCCUUUUGGGCGGGUUUUGUGUUGUCAUUGUAUUAGAAAUUUGUGCUCGACCUGGCAACCUGCUUAUCAUAAAUCCCAUUCGAACAAGCGUCCGUCUGUAUUUAUAGGCCAUUUUGAAGCAGGGGCAUCGAGCAAAGAAAUCUUUAGCAGUUGCAUAGAUCUCCAUGCACCAUGAGGAGUGCUGAGGUGAAGAAACUGAAAGUGAACGAGCUGAAAGAGGAGCUACGUCGGCGAUCCCUGGACACCAAGGGGCUGAAGGCGGACCUGGUGGAGCGGCUCAAUGCGGCUCUGGAGGCGGAAGCUGCGGAGCUCGGUGGAGCUGCAAGGGGGACACCGGAGCACGAGCCGGAGGAGGAGCAGCGGGGAGAUGGAGAGGAGGGAUUUGGGGAUGAAGGAUUCCCGAACAAAGAUCCUCUAGACAUUGGUGCAGGAGGAGCCCCUGAGGAGGAGAGCAUGGGGAUGGAGAGAGAAGAGUCGUCUGAUUCUGAUCUGGGCUUCAGCAUGCCUGACUUCACUGCAGACGUCCCUCUCCCUGUCCCUGUUUUCAAGACAGAGGAGACACAGUCUGAGGAGACCCCUGAGUACCACGAGACCGAAUUAUCCCUGGCAGAGCAGCAGCAGAGGCAGUCUGAGAGGAAGCAAGAGUAUGAAGGGAAGGUGGAGGUGAAGAAAGAGGAUGAGGAGAAAAAGGAGGAAGAGCAGCAACGUGAUCAGGAGCAGCCAGAUCUGCAGCCGCAGCCAGGGGUGGGGCCAACCGACAAAUGGGAGGAGAUGAAGGAGCAGAAGGCGGAGCAAACCAAGAUGGAGGAGGGAGACAGACAGGAGGGCGACAGGCAGGAGGGUCACAGGCAGGAGGGAGACAGACAGGAGGGAGACAGGCAGGAGGGAGACAGGCAGGAGGGUGACAGGCAGGAGGGAGACAGGCAGGAGGGUGACAGGCAGGAGGGACACAGGCAGGAGGGAGACAGGCAGGAGGGACACAGGCAGGAGGGAGACAGACAGGAGGGAGACAGACAGGGACGCAAGAGACCACAUGAGGAGGACCGGGGCUAUGGCCACUAUGAGCACCGUGACGACAAGAGGUCCCGGUCGCCCCAGCCCCCUGCUGAAGAGGAGGAGGAGGACUUUGAUGACACUUUGGUGGCUCUGGACACAUAUAACUGUGACCUCCACUUCAAGGUGUCCCGUGAUCAUUACAGCGGCUACCCUCUGACUGUCGAGGGCUUUGCCUACCUCUGGGCCGGAGCUAGAGCAUCCUACGGAGUCAGCGAAGGCAAAGUCUGCUACGAGAUGAAGAUCUUAGAGGAGAUAGCUGUGAAGCACCUCCCGUCCUCUGAGCCUGAUCCCCAUGUGGUCCGGAUAGGAUGGUCCCUGGACUCCUGUAGCACACAGCUGGGUGAGGAAGCGUUUUCGUUUGGAUACGGAGGAACAGGGAAAAAAUCCUCUGACUGUAAGUUUGAAGACUACGGAGAGAAGUUUGGAGAGAAUGAUGUCAUCGGCUGUUUCAUUGACUUUGACGCUGGCGGUGAAGAGGUGAAGAUAGCGUUCUCUAAGAACGGGGUGUGGCUAGACGUGGCGUUCCAGGUGUCAAGGGAGGAGCUGGCGGGGCGCCCCCUGUUCCCCCACGUCCUUGUGAAGAACUGUGCCAUCGAGUUUAACUUCGGCCAGAAGGAGGAACCCUUCCACCCCCCUCCGGAGGGGUACAGGUUCAUCCAGACUCUUGGUAUUGAAGACAGGACCAGGGGGGCUGUAGGACCAGCCAGCAAGGCUGACUGUGAGAUCCUCAUGAUGGUGGGUCUGCCGGCCUGUGGCAAGACCACCUGGGCCUCAAAACAUACUGAGAGUCACCCUGAGAAGAAAUACAACACUCUGGGAACCAACGCCAUCAUGGAGAAGAUGAAGGUGAUGGGUCUGCGUCGCCAGAAGAACUACGCUGGUCGUUGGGACGUUCUGAUCCAACAGGCCACUCAGUGUCUCAACCGCCUCAUCCAGAUCGCCGCACGCAAGAGACGCAACUACAUCCUGGACCAGACAAAUGUAUAUGGAUCAGCCCAGAGACGAAAAAUGCGUCCUUUUGAGGGGUUUCAGCGCAAGGCUAUUGUAAUAUGUCCCACGGAGGAGGACUUUAAAGAGCGAACGUUAAGACAAACUGAUGAACAGGGGAAGGAUGUGCCAGAUCAGGCUGUGUUAGAAAUGAAAGCCAACUUCCUGCUCCCUGAGCCCAGCGACUUCCUGGAAGAGGUGAUUUUUGUGGAGCUGCAGCGGGAAGAGGCUUUCAAUCUGGUGAAGGAAUACAACGAGGAGGGACGCAAGGCCGGCCCACCCCCCGACAAACGCCAUGACAACCGUCCGGGAGGGUUCCGUGGCAACGGCGGAGGCUACCAGCGCUAUGACGACCGUGGCGGUCCUCGCGGCGGCGUAGGAUACCAGAGUAGAGACGCAGGCGGAUACAGAAGGGGUAAGGAAGGAACAGACUCCUCCCCAGGCAACAACCGUGGCGGCUACACCGGCAACCGCUGGGGUGGGAACGGUAACUACCGUGAGGGGGGGUCGUCGGCUCCGAGGGGAGGGUACAACCGUAACCAACAGUCAGGAGGCUACAACCGCCCCGCGCCCUACACCAAAGGGGGAUACAACCAGAGUUACAACCCCAGCAGCUAUAAUCAAGGCAACUACCAACAGGGUUACAACUACGGCAGCUACAGUCAGUACCCAGGAUACAGCCAAACUCAGAGUUACAGCGAGUCUACGCCAGCUGCCGCAGGACAGACCUACAGCCAACAGCAGAACUACAACCAGCAGUACCAGCAGUAUGCCCAGCAGUGGCAGCAGUACUACCAGAACCAGUCUCAGUGGAACCAGUACUACGGCCAGUAUGGGAACUAUGCCGGCCAGGGGCAGGGUCAACAAGGUCAGGGUUCACAGGGGCAGGGAGGUCAGGGGGCAUCAGGUUCCUCCCAGUAACCUCUGACCUCUAACCUUUACAGCAGGGGUCAACGAAAGGCGGUUUAUGCCCCACAAUAAAAUUAAUUGUUCCCAUCAAAAAA